AUCAUGUCUCCGUCGUCGUAACGUUUCAGCUCCAUCCUUGCACCACCCCUGAGCGGUUUGGUCGUGAUGGUCUAUGAGUUUUAGCAUUAUCCAUUGUGUUCUCGUGUUCUAUUGAUUUGUGCUCUAUUAUCGUGUAUGCUAUUAUACAUUAGCGCAUACAUACCUGCCUGUUUUGAUUGGUGAGUCCUGUCAUUUACUGCAAUAGCAUCCUAUCACGCUAGAGUUGGCACUGCCCAAAAACGCUCGAGGUGCGGCUGUCGAACGCUAUUUGUUCUAUUGUAGUUUUGUUCAAACGGUCUUCGUUUUGAAUUAUCUUACGGACUGACUUUUUUCUGUGGAUACUGCUGAAGUUGGUGUCUUUCAAGAGGAUACAUUUCCCAUGCAUGCUAAACCAAACUUCUAACAGAGGUCUACGAACGCCAAAAAUAGCUACUAUACACAAGCCGCUAACCAACGCCUCCGUGAUCUUCUUAGGCGUCGCUGACAGAAUCUAAUGCAAGAUGCAGCCAUUGACAAAUAGAUGUCUACAUCUAAGGGCAGGGUUGCUCUUCGCCUCGUUGUCCAUCCUGCGAUUAGUCGAUACACAGCCUACACAGCCGGGAUUUUUGUCGGCAGACAAAACAUAUCCAAACUACAGGAUAGAAGAAGAAGACGAAUUGUUCUGGUUGGAGGAUGCCACAAAAACUUUAAACGAGAAACUAGGCCAAAUAACAAAUACGGGAGUAGCAAAAAACGUCGUGUUCUUUAUCGGUGAUGGUAUGGGCGUAUCAACCUUAACAGCGGGAAGAAUCUACAAGGGACAAAGGCGAGGUGCUAGUGGCGAAGAGGCUCAACUCGACUUUGAGAAAUUUCCCUACACCGGCUUGACGAAAACAUACGCUGUCGAUAAACAGACGACUGACUCUGCAGCAUCCGGUACAGCAUAUCUGUGCGGUGUUAAGACCAAUUUAGGUGUUGUUGGCGUCACGUCGAAAGUUCGAAGGGGCGAUUGUAAUGAGGCUGUAAAACGGGAAAAUCAGGUUCAAAGCAUCCUUUCUUGGGCCCAGGCUAACGGAAAAUGGACUGGUCUCGUAACAACUGACAGUGUAACGGGAGCUUCGCCGGCGGCAAGCUACGCGCAUUCGGCUGAUCGCUUGUUCACUAAUUCGGUUCCUCAGGGUUGUCACGCAAACGAUAUUGCCACACAGCUGAUCCACGGAGAGACGGGUGCACGACUGAGGGUUAUCUACGGUGGAGGUCGAAACGAUUUCCUUCCAUCAACAGUAAAGCCCAAAACUGAACGAAUGAUUGAUGGUGACCAACUUCCAAUAAACGCCGCAGGAGACAGGGUGGAUGGCCGUAAUUUAAUAGAAGAAUAUUUGUCAAGACACACCGAAGACGAUACACGAGCGGCGUUCAUCUGGACACGCGAACACCUUGACCAAGUUGAAGACCCUCGAUACGCGGCGGAUUAUGUGCUUGGCCUGUUCUCACCAGGGCGUAUGUCAUACGCUUUAGAUACACUUUAUGGAAAUGCCACGAACUCCGACGAACCGUCGCUGUCCGAGAUGACCCUUUCUGCCAUAAAGAUGCUAUCAAAAGCUCCUAGAGGUUUUGUUCUCUUUAUUGAGGGAGCCAACAUUGACGCUGCGCACCACCACAAUCUAGCAGCGCACGCGCUCGAAGAAGUCUACCAAAUGGAUAAGGCCGUUCGAGUGGCCGCGAAGCUCCUAUCGCCAAAAAACACCCUAAUGAUCGUUUCGGCCGACCAUUCGCAUCCAUUUACUUUGAACGGAUAUGCCAACAGAGGAAAGAGUAUCAUUGGAGCAGCCGAUGAUGGUGGACACAGCAUCUUAAGUUAUUUCUCCGGGCCAGGCAACUCCCGUAAACAGGGCGCUAGCAAAGAGACAGAGGGGCAUCGAUAUCCGUCAAUGGUUAACAUGACCUCCGGUGUACAUGGAGGCGAAGACGUCCCAGUAUUUGCGAUUGGGCCCUGGGCUCACUUGUUCGUCGGAGCUGUCGAACAAUCAUAUCUGCCAUAUGCAAUUGCUUAUUCUGCGUGUAUUGGACCAUUCAGCCAUAGGUGUGCUAAGCACGAUGCGCCGUUAACGACGUCGGUGAACGUCAACUACAUUCAAGACAGAAUGUUCAAGCCGACGGAGGUGCCAGUAAUUGGAGAACCUCCAGUGCCUCAUCGGGUCAAUAUAAUUUCGCCCAAUCAGAUUGAAUUCAGCAAAGUCCUCCCAGUGUCCCGGCAGGCAGCUUCUACCGCACCUGAAACGACAAGCCGUCCUGCAGAGGCUCAUCCCCCGGUACCAGCCACCCGAAAGCCAGCAAGAGCCCAGCUGACGCAGACGAUUGAGGACCAGCCCGGGACCGCUACGUUGGUGCAGCCUGAAACAGUAAGAGGCGAGCUGCCGACUGAACGGGUUCGCGCAGCGAAAGCUGGCGCCAAUCGUCGGGCAAGUGCUGAUAAUUUCCGUAAGCAGUUCGGCCGAAAGGAGAACUCGCUUCGCCAACAACGAGGCAAAAAAUCUAGUCGUAACCCCAACCUCGUAGCCGCCUCCGAAAUCGCUGUGGAGGUUAUGCCGAGAUUCAGCUCAGCUCUCACUGAUAGUUCAUCGCAUGCCCUAUCGCGCAUGGACGAUGGUCCCGUCGAGUUGAUUGAUGACGCGAGCAUCGUUAAACGUCAAUCUGUCCAAGAGAAAACUCCGAUCACAAUAACUCAAGCGCCAGCGACAUCAACCUCCAUCUCGGCCGCGGCAACGAUUGACAAAGGUAUCGCUGUUACUUCCAUCGAGCCAGCACAGGCUCCUCCUGAUACGAUUAAUGAUGAAAGCGUGACAUCAGGGAUGAAACGCAGAAGAGUUGUUAAAUUGUAUGUGCCUCGCAAUGGGAAGUUUUCGAACGGUUUAGAAAAACGAUCGGGGCUUUUAUUCGCGGCUCCGGCAGAUAAUUGAAUACACGUAUCAUGACUAUUGCCAGUCGGGAACAAUCUCACAGGACAAGAAAAUGUCGAACUAGUUUCAUAGAGUUCCUCCAAUGACCAAGAUUCGCAGUUGCGUGACAAACGAAAAUGACCAAUUUUCAAGUGAGCACGACAACAAAUAGUAAUACCAGUUUCGCGUAAACAGAAGAACGGACGUACGGAUGCGAAGGGUGAAGAAAGCAGAAGGAGAGGGAGCAGGCGAAGUGGGAAGGGUCGAUUCUUACGAAAUUCCAUAAACAGAAGAAGAAUUGUUUGAUCUAAAUUUAUGGUGGCACCAAACGGUGCGUGGGAAGAUCGGAUGCGAGUGCUGCCAACCUGUGUAUCUGCAUACUUAUCAUCGAGGCGAGAUAAACAGAGGCGACAAAUAUGGUUACUUGAACAUGAUAAAAGCCUUGAAGACAAAAUGAAAUCGCUUUGUGUUUACAACUACUUCGAUGGGCAUCGCAUAAAACAAUGUACCCGUGGUGACGAACGGUACUAGCAAUAUGAAUCAUUCAUUACCAUGUAUUUAUCGUUUCAUUACUACUCAUUACGCUGGCCAAUAUGACUUAUUAGCUAUUUUUUAUUGUUUGUCAACUGUUUUUAUUAACACUUCUUCUUAUUUGACUUUUAGUAUAAUGUGUGCAUAUCUACUGAGGAAAGUUAUGUAUAAAGUAAAACGAAUUAAUAAAUAAUAUAAAAUAUGUAAACGU